AUGUCUGAUCGCAUUCUUAGUAUAGUAUUUGUGCACGGAUUUCGCGGUGAUCACACAUCCUUUCAAUCCUUUCCUGCGGAUCUGCAUUGCCAUCUCAGUAUGGUGAUACCAGGUCUCCAGACCUUUGUGUAUCCAACAUAUAAAACCAAGCGCCCUCUAGAACUCGCUCGGGAUGAUUUCUUGACUUGCUCUAGGAUGGAGGGCUUGCCCAAAGGCGGGGUGAUACUUUGUGGUCAUUCAAUGGGCGGAUUGCUUACGGCAGAAGUGGCCUUGGCUGCUCCACCUAGUCGUGUAGUGGGGCUUGUAUCAUUCGACACACCAUACCUGGGCGUGCAUCCUCGUGUUGUCCUCAGUGGAAUUACAUCUUUAUUCAAGAAGAAGGAAGAGUUGACGGGACACCGAACGAGCAGUACAUCCACUCCUUGUGAAUCACCUAACGAGAGACCUGGCGAAGCCCCCCCAGCCACACAUCCAGAACCGCCGCCGCAGCCAGACGUACCCACGUCAUCCCCUCCAGCGACUCGAGAAUCAACUGUUCCCCCAUCGCUUCAUCUCAGUGUUCCUAUCCCACCUGUUCGAGUAAUUGCACCAAGGGUCGAGCGACUAUUUCAGACGUUCAGACUAGGUCCAGUACCCCAAUCUGUACACAAUUUCCUCCAUUUCUGGGACAAGCACCCAGGAGUCACUGGUCUCAAAGACGGAAUGUUCAAAUCUUUGAGUUUGGAGGGUGCUUGCUCAACCCACAGGGGGCCUUAUGGACGAGGAUGGGUGAACCUGUGGACUACACCCGUAUCCUCAACGACUAGGGAAAGAAGCCCUUCGGGCCCCUCUAGUUCGCCUAGCCCGAGUUUUCGAAGCCGCCUAUCUCCAUUCUCAUCUCCAACCCCAUCACUAUCCUCGUUUAACUCUGGCUCCUUCCAAUCGAGUCUGUUCCAAACUAUAUCCUACGACCCAUCCAUGUCUUCAACUGUCACCUCCUUGGACUCGAUUCAUUCCCGCACUGAUCCCGGACCACUCGCGACCACAUCAUCGAACGAGCUGCAAACAUACGCUCAGAGCGAAUUUUCCAAAGGAAAUGAAAACAAAGACACAACCGAGGAAAACAGCAUGGGAACGGAAUCGCGUGAAGCACAUCGAGAAGAAAAACAAGCAAGAAAGAGAGACGAGCUCGAGCUAAACAAGCAGAGAAGGAGCGAAAGGCAUUUCUGA